AUGGCAACUUCAAGAGAUGACAAUCGAGCGGUGGAGGAGUUAAGGAUUGUGUUGGUUGGCAAGACUGGAGCAGGAAAGAGUGCCUCAGGAAAUACCAUUCUUGUCAGGCCAGAGAUCAAAGUUGACUUUGCUGCCCAAUCAGUGACCAAACAGUGACAAAAGAGCAGUGAGAUGGAAACCGGGCUCACAGUCGUUGACACACCCGGCCUUUUUGACACAGACCUCUCAGAGUCUUCUCUGAUGAACAGGCUGGUGGAGUGCAUCACUUUUUCCUCUCCAGGACCUCAAGCCUUCCUCCUCGUUAUUCCACUGGGCCGCUUCACCAUGGAGGAGAAGCAAGCCGUAGAACGGAUCCAGAGCAUCUUUGGAGAACUAGCAUCCCAACACGCAAUGGUCCUCUUCACUCAUGGAGACAAGCUGAAGGAUCAGCACAUUGAAGAGUUCAUCAGAGAGGCUGGCCAGGAUCUCCAGGGGCUCCUCAAAAUGUGCAGGAACCGCUACCACGUCUUCAGCAAUGUAAGCCAGGACAGACAGCAGAUGGUGGAACUGCUUAUUAUGGUUAUGACAGAGGAGAAUGGAGGCGCAUUCUACACAAACGAGAUGUAUGAGCAGGUAGAGAGCGCCAUCCGAAGGAAAGAGGAUGAGCUACGUCAAAAGUAUGAGAAAGAAUUGCAGGACAAAGAGGAUAUGGAGACACGGCUGUGGGACACGAUGGAUGAGCUGAAACAGAAAGACUGCAAUGUUAAUGAAAAAAGAAGAGAAGAUCCAAAGUCUGCAGAAGCAGUAUGAACAAGUUAAAGCUGAGAAAGCCAAACUGGAAAAGAGAGCUUUAGUGCUGAGAGACAAAGCAGAGAGAAAAAGCAAAGUGGCAGACAUUAUCAGACCCUUUUCCCACAAAUCCUUCUCCAAAUGUGCAACACAGUAGGGACAAAUUCAGUUUAUGGGGAGCCUGGUCACUUUGCUCCUCCCACUAACGAGAAGGACAGAUAUAAGCUCACCUGCUGCUGUUGACAUUUGAAACA